AGAGAAAUCAAUUCUUAUUACUACUACCCAAGAAUUCUAAUUUUUCAGUUUAUUUAGUGUCAUUUUGUAGGAUUCGUUAUGACCUACUUAUUUCUGGUAUUUACUUAACACUUCAAACUAGUUUUUUAAUAUUCUACUUGUAUGCACAAAAAGUUAUAACAGCUUUAUCUUUUUUAUUUAUUAUUUGUAAUUAAUCCACAAUGGCAACGAUGAUUACUUCUUGGAGUCCAGAUAAGAAGCAUAGUGAUGUUGAAAGAUGGAUUUGCAUAUAUCCAGCUUAUCUGAACAAUAAGAAGACAUUGGCACAGGGGCGGCGGCUGCCUAAAGAGAUAUGUGUAGAAAAUCCUACUCACCAAGAAAUUAGAGAUGUAUUAUUUUCCACUGGCUUACGUAUUGGAGUUGAAAAUAAACUCUAUCCACGUGAGCGAAGUAAGGAAAUGUUACACAGAGGCCGAAUUCGUGUUGAGAUAAAGAAUGACGAUGGUUCACCUGUUAAGGAAGAAUAUCCAAAUAGAGAAUCAGUCAUGAAGUUCAUUGUUGAAUCUAUACCUAAGUUGAAAACUCGUCAGAACAGACCUGCGGAUCAACAGCCUCAAGCAGUUCAACCAGGAAGCAAUAAAGCCAAGGGAAAGAAAGGACGCAGAUAAAUUGUUUAUUCUUAUAUUUUACAAGUAAUAAAAUUUUAUUAACCUA